UAAACAUCCGCAACUCCUCCCUGACGACUGGGACAUGCCGUUCAGGUCAUCCAUAAGAAGGCUCGACGCGUCGAUCCAUCCACUCUUUCAUCCUCACAACUUGUCUUCUACUCAUUGUCUACCUGCCACCUAGCUUUACCUACUACCCCCACCACCACCACCACCACCUCGAGCUACCAUGCCCCCCAAGUCCGCUGUCGCUUCCAAGGCUCCCGCCUCGCAGGCCUCCAAGGCCCCCGCUGCCGCUUCCAAGGCGCCCGCCAAGGCCGCCAAGACGUCGAGCUCAACCAAGGAGGGCGGCAAGAAGCGCACCAAGAAGCGUGUCGAGUCGUACUCCUCAUACAUCUACCGUGUCCUGAAGCAGGUGCACCCCGACACUGGUAUCUCUAACAAGGCGAUGGCCAUUCUCAACUCGUUUGUCGCCGACAUCUUCGAGCGUAUUGCCACCGAGGCGUCGAAGCUCGCGUCGUACAACCACCGCAGCACCAUCUCGUCUCGAGAGAUUCAGACCGCUGUGCGCCUCAUCCUUCCCGGAGAGCUCUCCAAGCACGCUAUCUCUGAAGGCACCAAGGCCGUUACCAAGUUCUCGUCGUCCAAGUAAGCGGUGUAGAGACCCUUCGCUGCCUUCUGGCCUGUUUUCGCUUUAGCCUCUCCUAUUGAUGCAGAUGUAUGUACGAUGUGUCUUGUGA